UGUAUGUGUAUCAGGAGCGAGUGACUGUGUCUCAGUUUGUGCUGUUGUUCAGCUGCUGUUGUGAGUCGAUCGGAUUGUUCAGAGGAAUCACUGACACACUGAAGCAGCAGUCUGAUAAACAACUGUGAGUUUGUGUGUGGACACAGAAACCCUCUUCAUAAGCGUGGUCAUCUGUACAUGGAGUUACCCCGCUGGACAGGUGAUCUGUGUAAGUCUGGCGGUGUAUCUGUGUUUGGGAGCGUGGUGUGCGGAGGGGUCCUGACUGACCUGAGGCCAUUAGGACUUCCUCUAUUCUUCACACUGGGUAAUCAGGAGCCCACCAAUCCGGCAGACGCGAUGGCCCAGACUUACCCCCCGCAGUACGCCCAUCCCCCUCAGAACGGACUCCCUGCCGACUUCACCGCGACACACGCUCUUCCCACGCAAGACUACACGGGCCGGAACCGCGUCCCUGAUCACGCCUUGACACUCUACACGGCAGCACAGACGCACAGCGAUCUCGACAGCAACACGCCGGCCAUCUCCUGCGGUACCAACACGGCAACGACGGAAGACGUGACGCAAACGGAAGUUUCGCAGCAGGUGCAGCAUUCAGAAUCCACGGAGAAACAGCAGCCGAAGCGGUUACAUGUCUCCAACAUCCCCUUCCGGUUCCGAGACCCCGAUUUACGGCAAAUGUUUGGGCUAUUUGGGAAGAUCUUAGAUGUGGAGAUUAUCUUUAAUGAAAGAGGAUCAAAGGGCUUCGGCUUUGUAACAUUUGAAACGUGCGCAGACGCUGAUCGUGCGCGGGAGAAACUAAAUGGUACAAUCGUAGAGGGACGUAAAAUCGAGGUCAACAAUGCCACGGCAAGAGUCAUGACGAAUAAGAAAGUAGUAAACCCAUAUACGAACAGUUGGAAACUGAAUCCAGUCGUAGGAGCUGUUUAUGGACCAGAUCUCUACGCAGUGACAGGUUUCCCAUACCCCGCAGCAGGUGCGACGGUGGCGUACAGAGGGGCUCACCUCAGAGGCAGAGGUCGUGCUGUUUAUAACACCUUCCGUACGGCCCCUCCCCCCCCACCCAUCCCAGCCUAUGGAGCAAUGGUGUAUCAGGACGGAUUCUAUGGUGCAGAGAUCUAUGGAGGUUAUGCAGCAUACAGAUAUACUCAGCCUGCAACGGCUACAGCGUACAGUGACAGUUAUGGGAGAGUCUAUGCAGCCGCUGACCCAUAUCACCACACCAUCAGCCCGGCGGCAACCUACAGCGUGGGCACCAUGGCUAGCCUGUACAGAGGAGGCUACAGUCGCUUCAUGCCGUACUAAACAACAGCAAACGUAAAUUACACAAACAAACAAAACCACUAAAGACGUUCCACAUGGAGUACGAUUUCAAACUAAAAUGCUUCCAGGUCACCGCGAUGACCUCAAACCACCGACAUCCUUUCAAGCCUACAACAACAACAAUUGUGGGACACCAAGCAAUUUCGCGAUUCGUUGUUUUUGGAAGAACAUGUACACAGAUGUCGUACUUUCAUCUGGCAACAGGAAAAUCUGAUGAGCGCUUCAUAAAUGUUAUAUAUGGAGCUGUUUGAUUGUUUACUUCUUUCUGAUCAAACUUUUUUUAAGCGUUGGCAAUGUUUACACAUUCUGUUUGGGAAAAUGCCUACAAAAGCAAGGGCGGUAUAUUCAAAUGCUUGGUACAACAUGAAGACUAGAGCAUGUUUUAUCGUCCCUAAGAUACAGUGGGGUCCAUAAGUCUGACCACUAGUGAACAUUUUGAAUUUCUCUCGUUUAGUACUUUUUUUGUCCAUUACAGAUUAUAUUAUCAGCAUAACAAUUUGAGUGAAAAAUGUACAUACAUUUGCA